GGGUUGAACCCGGGUCUCGCGCAUGCGGGCGGCAUACAAAGCAUUUGGCGGGUUUUUCCGGGCUGCUCAGCUCUAAUCCCGUCUUGAGAUGUUCAGUGGUGGCUUUUAGGAAGCUGGACGUUCUCCCCAGGAGAACGACUUCUCAAGAUUUCUGCUCUCUUCCUUCAGGCGUUUGGGGGCUUCAAGAAAAAGAAAACGUGUUUCUCCGUGACUGACGGCUGGGGCCUUCCGACGGCCUGAGGUCUUGGGCCAUUUGGUCACUCUCCGUCUCGGUCCCUCGGAGGGUGAAAGGAUCAGAGGGAGCUCGUCCUGCUCAUCGAUCUCCACGCCUGUGGGUUUCUUGGCGUCAGGUCGGAGCUGGGUGGGCCCGGCCCCGGCCCUCCUCCUGGGUCAUCAUGGCCGUGUCCGCCCAGCUCUUGGUGGAGGAGUUGGAGAUCUUCGGCCUAGAAUGCGAGGAGGCUCUGGUUGAGAAGUUGAUAGAGCUGUGUGUUCUGUAUGGACAGAAUGAGGAGGGAAUGGCUGGCGAGCUUAUAGCCUUCUGCACCAGCACACGUAAAGACUGCCUCACCUCAGAGACCCUAAACUCUUUUGAGCACGAGUUUCUGAGCAAAAGAUUGUCCAAAGCCAGGCUCAGUGCCUCCAAGGACAGUGGGCAUGCGGGAGCCAGAGACAUCGUUUCCAUACAAGAGCUAAUUGAAGUGGAGGAGGAAGAGGAGACCCUCUUGAAUGCUUACACCACACCCUCUAAGGGUUCUCAGAAGCGAGCUAUCACCACUCCGGAAACCCCCCUCACAAAAAGGAGUGUGUCUACUCGAAGCCCCCAUCAGCUCCUGUCACCAUCAAGUUUCUCUCCAAGUGCUACUCCCUCUCAGAAAUACAGCUCGAGAAGUAACCGAGGAGAAGUGGUUACCUCCUUUGGCUCAGCACAGGUGAUGUCUUGGUCCGGGAGAGAAGGAGCCAGUAACAUCAGCGUGAAGGUCUUGGGGUAUCCAGAGCCACUAACUGGGAGCUACAAAUCCAUGUUUCAGAAGCUCCCAGACAUUCGAGAAGUUCUGACCUGUAAGAUAGAAGAACUUGGCAGUGAGCUCAAGGAGCAUUACAAGAUUGAGGCUUUUACUCCUGUUCUAGUCACAGCACAAGAGCCCGUCACCCUGCUGGGCCAGAUUGGCUGUGACAGCAACGGGAAGCUGAACCACAAGUCGGUGAUUCUUGAGGGAGAUCGGGAGCAUUCCUCAGGCGCUCAGAUUCCAGUGGAUCUAUCUGAGCUCAAAGAGUAUUCUCUGUUUCCUGGACAGGUUGUGGUUAUGGAAGGAAUCAACACCACUGGUAGAAAACUUGUUGCCACCAGACUCUACGAGGGCGUGCCACUUCCGUUCCAUCAGCCCACUGAAGAGGAUGGAGAUUCUGAGCAAAUCAUGGUCCUGGUGGCCUGUGGGCCAUACACCACAUCUGACAGCAUCACGUUUGACCCCCUGCUCGACCUGAUCACCAUCAUCAACCGUGACCAGCCCAACGUCUGCAUCCUGUUUGGACCUUUCCUGGAUGCUAAGCAUGAACAGGUAGAGAGCUGUCUACUGACAAGCCCAUUUGAAGAAGUUUUCAAGCAAUGUCUACGAACGAUUAUCGAAGGGACACGAAGUAGCUCCGGCUCACACCUCAUCUUCGUCCCAUCAUUGAGAGACGUGCACCACGAGCCCGUGUACCCACAGCCGCCCUUCAGCUGCUCCGACCUGCCUCGGGAGGACAAAAAGCGAGUGCAGUUUGUGUCCGAGCCCUGCACGCUCUCCAUAAAUGGAACGAUCUUUGGCUUGACAUCCACCGAUCUGCUGCUCCACAUGGGGGCUGAGGAGAUCAGUAGUUCUUCCGGAACUUCAGACAGGUUCAGCCGAAUACUCAAGCACAUCCUGACGCAGCGGAGCUACUACCCGCUCUACCCUCCCCAGGAGGACAUGGCCAUUGACUAUGAGAAUUUCUAUGCCUAUGCACAGCUGCCCGUCACCCCCGAUGUCUUCAUAGUCCCUUCAGAGCUGAGAUACUUUGUGAAGGACAUCCUUGGCUGCGUCUGUGUGAAUCCCGGGCGCCUCACCAAAGGGCAGGUGGGGGGCACCUUCGGCCGACUCUACCUUAGGAGGCGGGCCGCGGGCGCCGAGGGCAGGCGGAGCCCAUGUACUGCUGCCCAGGUGGUCAGGAUCUGAGUCUCGGUCCUGUGUCAUCCCCCCGUCGUGCGGGCCUCCCAGACACUGAGAGCCCGGGAGUAGACCUCUGCCAAGAUCCCACCCGUGGAAGGAGAGGGGGCAGCCAGCUGGGGAGGACGGGGCUGCGGGCAGGGGGGCCCAGCGGGAAGACCUUGGGCAGCUGGACCCCUACUCCGCGUCGAGCUUCUCUGGAAGAAGCUGUUGUUUCUUCAUGGACACUAGGAGCCCAGCGAGAACUGGCCGUGGACGCGGUGCGCUCGGGAAGGUCAAGGCUUUGCGAUUUCCUACUGAGUCAGACAUAGAAACAACUUUUGGAGAUAUGAAAGUAAAUUCUGUGGCUUCUGAGUUUAA